AUGCUCGUGACGGUGGUGUUAGUAGGACACCUUGCCAGUGCACUGGAUGUCCCACUAGACCUGCCACAGCCCCCAACCAUUACACACCAAUCCCCCAAGGAUUACAUCAUCGACCCCCGGGAGAACAUUGUCAUCCACUGUGAGGCCAAAGGGAAGCCUCAUCCCAGUUUCUCUUGGACGAGAAACGGCACCCACUUUGACCUAGAGCAGCACCCAAACGUGCACAUGAGGGCCCAGUCGGGGACUCUUGUGGUGGACAUCAGCAGGGAGCGGACGGAGCACUACGAGGGCACGUACCAGUGCACGGCCCGGAACAAACACGGAACGGCCGUUUCCAAUGAUAUUGUGGUGCGGCAGCCCAGGUCACCUUUGUGGUCUAAAGAAAAGAUCAAGCCAAUAGUCAUCCAGGAAGGCGUGUCCUUGGUGUUGCCAUGUCGACCUCCCGCUGGAUAUCCUCCUCCAAUUGUUUUCUGGAUGGACAACAACUUCCAGAGGUUGCCCCAAAGCAACAGGGUGUCCCAAUCUUUAAACGGAGACCUUUACUUCUCCAACGUACUUCGCGAGGACUCCAGGAGUGACUACAUCUGCUACGCCCGCUUUCCUCACACGCAGACCAUCCAGCAAAAGCAGCCCAUCACUGUCAAAGUCCUUAAUCUGGACGCGAUCAAUGACACAAUGGAAGCUUAUUACAAUGACACUGAUUUAUUUAGUGAAGAGCCGGUAGAUGAGAGAAAGCCCACGUUCCUUAUCCCGAGUGGGCCAUCCAGCUCCAAAAUGGUGCUUCGGGGUCACACGCUGGAAAUGGAAUGCAUUGCAGAAGGACUGCCUACUCCUGACAUCUCUUGGGCCAAAGUGAGCGGCGAACUGCCAACCACGCGCCUCUCUUUCCUUCACCACCAAAAAAUCCUGCGCAUUGUCAAUGUGUCAGAGGCUGACGCCGGUGACUACCGCUGCACCGCCAGGAACCAGCUGGGCUCAGUCCACCACACCAUUCACAUCACGGUUAAAGCCGCUCCAUACUGGAUCAGCGGCGCUCCCCAAAAUCUCGUCCGGGCUCCAGGAGAGAAUGGCGUGCUAAUGUGCAGGGCCAGUGGUACACCCAAGCCAAGCAUCCAAUGGGCUAUGAAUGGCGUUCCGAUUGAGAAUGCCCCAAAAGACCCCAGCCGUAAAGUGGAGGACGACACUAUCAUAUUCACCGAUGUGCAGACGGGAUCCAGCGCCGUGUAUCAAUGUAACAUCUCCAACCAAUAUGGCUACCUCCUGGCCAAUGCUUUUGUUAAUGUCUUGUCUGAGCCGCCCAGAGUGCUGACGCCGGCCAACACAGUCUACCAGGUCAUCAAGAAUCAUAGAGCCCUGCUGGAGUGCACCUCUUUCGGCUCGCCCAUCCCCAAAAUUACCUGGUUCAAAGAGAGUCGUUCCGGUACGCUCGGUGCAGAAACGCACAAGGCGCACGAGAACGGCACUUUGGAGAUCUAUGUUGCUCAGGAAAAGAAUAGCGGAAAGUACACUUGCGUGGCCCGGAAUUCCCUCGGUAUCUAUGAGAAUCACGUGCACCUAGAAGUCAAAGAACCGACCCGCAUUCUGAAGCAGCCAGAGUACAGAGUGGUUCAGCGUGGCAGGUCUGUUGUGUUUGAGUGCAAAGUAAAACACGACCCCUCGCUUGUCCCCACCAUGACAUGGCUCAAAGACGAUGGGGAGCUUCCUGACGACGAAAGAUUUGUGGUGGAUGCUGACAGCCUCACUAUCUCCGACGUGACAGAGAGUGAUGCCGGCAUGUACAAGUGCAUCAUGAACACCACGUUGGACCAUGACUCGGCCAUCGCCGAGCUCACUGUUGUUGAGCGACCCGAACCCCCAACUGACCUGGAGCUGACGGACCACAAAAAAAGGAGUGUUCAACUCACCUGGAUUCCUGGGGAUGAGCACAAUAGUCCGAUUCAGAAAUUUUUGAUCCAGUAUGAAGACUCUCUCCAUCAUCACAGAGGUCACUGGCACAACCUUACCGAGGUCCCCGGAACCAAGACCACAGCUCACCUAAAACUGUCACCUUAUGUUCACUACACCUUCCGAGUCCUCGCUGUCAAUUCCAUGGGCGUCAGCCGACCUAGUUUUCCCUCCAAGAUGUAUAAAACUGAACCUUCAGCUCCGGAUGAAAAUCCAACAGAUGUACAUGGCUUUGGAACAGAACAUGACAAUCUUGUCAUCUCAUGGAAGCCGCUGACAGGCCUCCAGGCAAACGGGCCAGGACUUCAUUAUAGAGUGAUGUGGAGACAGAAGAUGAUGGACACUGAUUGGAUGACUGCAAACGUAACCAACAACUCCAAGUUUGUAGUGUCUGGAACGCCUACGUUUGUUCCGUACGAGAUCAAAGUUCAGGCUGUAAAUAAGUAUGGCAUCGGGCCCGAGCCAGCCAUUGCCCUUGGCCACUCCGGAGAAGACCUUCCAGUCGCCGCUCCAGAGUCUGUGCAGGUGUUUGUGUUGAACAGCACCCUGGCGGAGGUCCACUGGGAGCCCGUGCCUCAAAAAUUAAUUCGUGGAUACCUCAAAGGCUACAAGGUUUAUUACUGGAAAGAGCGCAACCUGCACAAACAUAACCCACAUCACACAGAGAAGCAGAUUCUGACCUUCAGCGGCAACCACAGCAAGGGAAAGCUGCCUGGCCUGCACCCCUUUAGCCUGUACUCUUUCAACAUCAGAGUGUACAAUGGCAAGGGAGAGGGACCACCGAGUCACAACCAGCAGUUUGAGACCCCUGAAGGAGUUCCCAGCGCUCCUUCCUCCCUGACUGUCAGCAACUCCAAUUUGGACUCCUUAAGCCUUGAGUGGAACCCUCCUCGUGACCGUAACGGUCUCCUGACAGGCUACACGCUUAAAUACCACCCAGUCAAUAACUCCAAUGAGCUGGGCCCAGAGGAGACCCUGGCCCUGGCGGCCAAUGAGACCUCAGUCACUUUGCUCAACCUCAAGUACAGCACACGCUACAAGUUUUAUUUGAAUGCCAAAACAAGCAAGGGGCCCGGCCCGGCUGUUACGCAGGAGGCAAUCACCAUUGUGGAUGAAGGUUUAGUGUUGCAUGUUGCUCUAAAUUCAGGGAAUGCGCCGGCGGCCAGUCCUUUCGGCAGCGUUAACUCUUCCAGGGCAGAGGACGGCACCCUGAUCAGUUGGGAGUACUGGGGCCCAGAGAGAAACAUUUAUUUAGAAUACAUAGAUGAGAACAGUGAAGACGAGUGGCGCAAAGAGCUGGUGAACGGCUCUCAGAACUUUAUGCUCAGGGGCCUGAAGGAGGGCCUCACCUAUAGGGUGCGCUUGGUGGCCCAAGGUCACGCCGACCAAGAGCCCCACCGCUCCAAGGAGCUCACGGUGACGGUGCCAGCUGUGGCGAGCCGACAGGUGGACAUCGCUACGCAGGGUUGGUUCAUCGGCCUCAUGUGUGCCAUUGCGCUCCUCAUCCUCAUCCUUCUCAUCAUCUGCUUCAUCCAGAGAAACAAGGGAGGCAAAUAUCCAGUCAAAGAGAAGGAGGACGCUCACACUGACCCGGAGUUUCAGCCCAUGAAAGACGAAGACUGCACUUUUGGGGAAUACAGCGACAAUGAGGACCAUAAACCGUUAAAAGGAAGUCGCACGCCAUCGAGCGGCACGGUUAAACGGGACGACAGUGACGACAGUUUAGUUGACUACGGGGAAGGAGGAGACGGCCAAUUCAACGAGGACGGUUCAUUUAUCGGCCAGUAUAGCGGAAAGAGCCCCGGCCGGGACGCCGCCGCUGUCGUCAACGAGGGCCACGAAAGCUCUGAGGCACCAUCCCCGAUUAACGCCAUGAACUCCUUGAACUCCUUUGUGUAG